CCAGUAGGUGAAGUGAAAUGGAUAACUAUCGCAAGCCUAUUGUUGAACCCAGAGACUAUUGAACCAUUCUCAUUCCGCGGAUAUUGAACUGUGCUUUUCCUGCUCUCCACAGAUCUCAUCUCAAACCCGUGAUCGAUUCAAAGGUUUCACUGGGAAAUUGUUGAGUGAAUAGCUUUGGUCUUCAAAUUCACUCUGCUCAUCAACACUGAGACAGAAAGAGAUGGUGGAAAAGGUGGCUGAGCUGCACAAAGGUGGUGACUUCACCCGCGUGUCGCACACCGCUCCUCCACCCGGGAUAGAAUCCAGACCCACUGACGAUAUUAAAUGUUUUGAAUCAAGGAGUUUGAUCCUGAAGGAAGUCAUGGAGGCGCUCAAGGAAGAUGGUGUCAAUAAUAUGAUUGGAAUAUGUGGGAUGGGAGGUGUUGGUAAGACAACACUGGCAAGACAAGUUGCCAAGAAAGCAAAGGAAGAGAAAUUGUUCGAUGACGUUGUAAUGGCGACAGUUUCACAAAAUGUUGAGGUGAGGAAGAUUCAAGGUGAAAUCGCAGAUGAGCUAGGUUUGCCAUUUGGGCAAGAGAGUGAAUCUGGAAGGGCGGAUGAGUUGCGUCGCCAACUCAAACAAAAAGCCAGAAUUCUCGUCAUAUUGGAUGAUGUUUGGAAGAGAGUUGAACUUAAUGAUAUUGGAAUUCCAUUCGGAGAUGACCAUAAAGGUUGCAAAAUUUUGGUGAUUUCAAGAAGCGAAGAGGUUUGCAACGAUAUGGGAUCUCAAAAAAAAUUUCCAGUUCAAAUCUUGCAUAAAGAAGAAGCAUGGAAUCUUUUCAAAGAGAUGGCCGGAAUUCCAGAAGACGACACUAAUUACCAGUCCAUCAAAAGAGAAGUUGCAAAUGAAUGCGGAGGCCUACCGAUUGCUAUUCUUACAGUUGGAAGGGCACUCAAUGGAAAAGGCGAGUCUUCCUGGCGUUCUGCUCUUGCACAACUUCGCAAGUCCAUCGGCGAAAACAUAAGGGGAGUAGAGGAAAAUGUGUUUAGACUUCUUGAGCGGAGUUACAAAAACUUGGAAAGUGAGGAAGCCAGGAGAUGCUUUUUGCUUUGUUCCCUAUUUCAAGAAGAUUAUGACAUUAAGGUAGAAGAUAUUGUUAGGUAUGGGAUUGGACUAAAGUUGUUUAAGAGAAUUGAUAGCGUGGGAGAAGCAAGAGACAGAGUAUGUGCCCAUGUAGAUCACUUGAAGAAAUGUUUUUUAUUGAUGGAUGGCACAGAUGAUCGAUUUGUUAAAAUGCAUGACGUGGUACGUGAUGUUGCUAUAUCGAUCGCAUCUAGAGAGGAACAUUCGUUUUUGGUUAGGUGUGAUGAAGCACUGAAAGAAUGGCCAGAGGAAGAACGACGUGGGAACUAUGGUGUAAUUUCAAUGAGAUGCACCGGUAUGGGGUGGGGGCUACCCGAUAAUUUAGCGUUUCCAAGGCUCCAACUUUUGCGGCUGGAGUCCGACGACUAUUAUCGUCGACCUCUCAUGGAAUCCCCUGAGAGCUUGUACCAAGGGAUGAAGGAACUCAAAGUGGUAGCUAUUUCAAGGAUGGAGAUCCCAUCACUGUCGCCAUCACUCCGAUGCUUAGCCAACCUUCAAACCCUGUCACUGUCUGAUUGCAAUUUGUUGCAUACAGAUUUGUCAGCAAUCGGAGGGCUUAUGAAUCUGGAAAUUUUGAGCUUUACUGGAUCUUAUAUCAAAGAGUUGCCGAGAGAAAUAGGUAAUCUUACUCGCUUGAAGCUACUAGAUUUAUUGCAUUGCGCAGGGACAAGGAUUCCUCAUGGCAUUUUGACAAGUUUAUCGAAGCUGGAAGAGUUGUAUAUUGGGAAGAGCUUUACGGGGUGGGAUGUUGUUGAAGAGGGAAAAUAUAUAAUAUUAACUAAUGCAUCCAUAGCCGAAUUAGCAUCGUUGCCUAAUUUGGUGGCUUUGGAUAUUAAUGUACCAAAAAUUGAGUGUUGGGUCUGGCCGAGAGAUGUGGACUUCCUUGGGAAGAUAAGGGCAUUCGGUAUUUCGUUGGGGCAAUCAAAUAUAAGAAGUAAUGCCGUUGAUGAUCAAUGUUUGCUUCCAUCAACUAAUCAAUUGGAACUCAAAGCUCUUGACGUCAGUCGUGGUGUUAUGGAGAUACGUGGGCUUAAGAUGCUUUUGAAGAUCACUACAAAUCUACAGUUAGAUUCAAUUAUUGGGGUCAGGCACGUAAUCUGUGAUUUGAACGAACAUGGUUUUAAACACUUGUCAGAGCUGAAAGUGGAAAAAUGUUUAGAUUUGGAGUGCCUCAUCAACACAAGCGAUGACCAGCUGGAAAAGGAGUCCUUCUGUGCGCUGAAAACUCUGAACCUAUACGACUUGCCUCAACUGAAGCAUUUGUGGAAGGGUCCCACUCAACUUGCUUGCCUCUGCAAUCUUACAUAUGUAGAUGUGGGUAGAUGUCCAAAAUUGGGAUAUUAUGUGUUCUCACUUGCCCUAGCCAGAAAUCUCGUGCAAUUGCAUAGGCUUGAGGUAUGGGCGUGCAGUGUAUUGGAAGUGAUUGUUUCUAAUGCUAAUGGAGGAGGAGAGCAUGAGAUAGAAGUAGCAGGAGAAGAUGAAGAUAUUGUGUUUCCGAAACUGGAGUCAUUGUCUCUUGAAGAUCUGCCAAAUUUUACUGGUUUUUGCAAAGGCAUGAAUGCAAUUAGGAUGCCACAAUUGAAACGGUUGCAUCUCCAAUCCAUUUCAAAGCUCAAUUGUCUAUGCCCUGCUUCAAGGAGUAAUAAUGAUACCACCAUUCAACCACUAUUCAACAACAAGGAUGCAUUGACUAGCAUAGAGGAAUUGCGUUUGUGGACAGUGGAAGACCCGAGAGAAAUAUGGCCCAGGGAUCUUCAAGCAAAACUAAGGGAGAUUUCGGUUUGUGAAUGUGACAAGUUGUCGAAUAUUCUUUUUCCAUCUAAUUUGAUCGAAUGCAUGGAAAAGCUAGAACAACUUGAGGUAUACUCGUGCGGAUCAGUGGAAGUAGCAAUAUUUGACUUGGGCGAACUAAAUAUUGGUGGAGAAGGCAAUGGGAAUAUAGCCAUAGCAAUAUUCCCUUGCUUAGCUUCUUUGACACUUGUCGGGCUACCAAGGUUGAGGCAUGUUUGGGCGAAUUAUCCACCAACAAUAUCUCAAGGCUUUCAGAAUUUGACAUCCCUACAGGUGUCUGGAUGCGGCAGUUUGAGAAUUUUGGUCUCACCUUUCAUAGCCAGAUUUCUUGUGAACCUAAAACAACUAUAUAUAGAUAGUUGUGAUACGAUGGAAGCAGUCAUUGACUGGGAGGAAGAAGAAGUAGACGACGGGAUCAGAACAAAUAUAAUCAUCUUUCCUCAACUAACUUCCCUCGAGCUCUUCAAGCUGCAACUCUUGACGAGUUUCUGCCCCCAGGGUUGCGCUUUCCAAGGAUCGUUUUUGAAAAAAGUGCAAAUACGAGGUUGUCCUGCAUUGGAGUCACUCCCUUCGGCAGUCCAACGUGUAAUUGACAGCAAGGGUAAGUUUAGGAAUGGUACAAUACUCCAAACAUCGUCAUUCAUAGAUUUGAUAUAUUCUAUUAUAAUCUAAUCGGCAUGCAUUCUAUUUUUCUUCUCUUUAUAUACUGGUAUUUGAGAUAUACAGAAUCCAUGAAAAAAUAUUCAUAUUGAUUUUGAACACGCUAAUGAAACAUAGAGAGAACUAAAUACACUAACAAAACAUUGAAAUAACGCCAAAGAUAGAAUUAGAAAUCGAGUUGUUUUAAUUAGUUACAAAGGUUAAGCAUUAUUAUUAUUUUUUAAAGUAGUUUGUGUAACUUAAAUCUAUUUUGACUAAAUUAGUUUAAAUUCCGAUGACGAAAUUAAGUUAAAUCUAUGGUAUAGACUCAUUUUUUUGGUAAUUUCGGAGUAGAUCGAUUUUAUGUGUACUUAGAAUUAUUGAAUCCGUUCCCUCCAUUUCUCUUCUCCUCCUACGUGGACUCCUCCU